ACCAUCUAACCUGACCAACUUUCAAUUUUUCUGAUUUUAUUUAAAGGCUAUUUAUAUCAAGAUAAAAUGUCCAUUUGUGCAUUACGAUGUUAUACUCCGUUUAUAAAACCAAUACAGAGAUUAUUUUUAAUAGAAAACCGUAUUUUAAAUAAAACCAAUAUUCAAAAUAUUGAUAUUUGGAAGUUACAAACAUCGAUAUCAGUAGUUCGACCGGUAUCUGUUUUAGCCAAAUAUACUGGUAAAGAUUUAUGGAAAUCUGUAUUAAGUGUAAGUAAUGCUGGUAAAAAUAGAGGUAGAGGAAAGGGUCUCAAACGUAGACAAAAGGAUUUAAAUAAAGGUCAAAUUAUUGGUAUUGGUAAAUUAAACAUGGUAUGGCCUGGAUUAAAUGCACCAGUUAUGCAAGAAGUAAACAUUGUAAAACCUCAUAAGGUAUCAACAAAUCUUGAUAGAGAAUUACAAUCCACGACAUCCACAGAUCUUUUGAAACGUAGAAGCAGAAAAGUGCAUCCGUUACUGAGGGGUUGGACCAGUGCAAAAUUGGGUGGUAAAAGUAUUGGACCACCAGAAAGCAGUAAUGAAAAUUCUUUGAAUGAUUUUGAAACCAAAGUCAUACAACAUAGGGUUGUAAGUCAUAUGACUGGAAACUUAGGUCGCGUUAGAGUUCAUAGUAUUUUUGCAAUUACUGGCAACCAAAAAGGGUUGUGUGGAUUUUCUCUUGGUAAAGCAUCUGAAAUUAGUACUGCUCUACGACUAGCUAAAAAUAGAGCUGGACUUAAACUAAUGCUUAUUCCAAUAUACAAUAAUCACACAGUAUAUCAUGAUUUCUUUUCUCAAUUUGGAUCCACUAAAUUAUUUGUUAGUAAAAAAUAUGACGGAUAUGGUUUAGUUUGUCACAGAGCUAUUAAAUGUGCUUGUGAGGUUAUUGGAAUCAAAGAUAUCUAUGUAAAAGUAGAAGGUGCUAUAAAUUAUCAGCAUAUCAUCAAGGCAUUUAUACUUGGACUACUAAGACAGAAAACGCAUCAACAAUUAGCAGAGGAAAAGCAAUUGCAUUUGGUUGAGUUCAGAAAUGAAAACCAAAUGUAUCCAAAAGUAAUUGCAACCCCAGCUACGGUUAGAAAACCUGCAGAAGUGAGUUCAAUGGAAAUAUUGGAUUUUACACAGUAUGUUCUUGGUGGUAAAGUUGUUUUAAAAAAGAAAAAGUAUCCUCCAUUUUAUAUAAAUUAUAAUUCAUAUAAAAUUAAACAAAGGAAAAUGGAGUACUUGAGAAAUCAAGACCAAGUGCGAAUUGAAAUGUAUGCAAAGCAUGGUGAACUUAAAAGUUUCUUAACAGACAAAUAUCCAGAAGCAAAACCACAUUUAUGGAAAAAAAAUAGAACUUCAGAAAACGAAGAAGAAAAUUAAUAUAAAA